CCUUCCCGGUCAACUUCCUUCUUCCACCUUUCAUCGUCUGCGACCGUGGAUUAAAUCUUCGUUCCCUUCUUUGACUUUUGAUUCCUUUUUUUUAAUUCAUCGGUUCUGUUUUUUUCUUCUUUCUUUGCCUAAUCGUUAUAUCAGUAGUCAGUCACCAUGGAUGAGGACGAGGUUAUCGCCUCGGUCUACCGCAAGAUCGAGCGGGAAAAGGCCCUCAUCACGGCGGCCACCAACAUGGCCCAGUCGACCGAUAACCCGCUGGUGAAGCAAGGCAUCAAUGCCAACAUCCACAACGGCCGCAAGAACAUCGCCUAUCUGGAGGAGAAGCUGCAGGAGCUGCAGCUGCGCAAGAGCGGAGGGGGCGGCUCACCCACCGAGUCCCGUCACCCGGCUUCCUCCCAGUCCGUCGGCCCUACCCCUACGAGCGACUACGGGCCCGGUUACUUUUCGAAUGAGCGAGGUGCCGAUGGUUCUCCCGCCGGCUAUCCUCAGGGAGGAGCGGGCUCGAUGCCCACGGGCGCGCCGUUCGCAGACCCCAGGCCAUUCGCCCCCGUGCCCAAGGCGCGUCCCAACUACAGCAAGCUGGAUCUUAUCAAAUAUGAUACCCCCUAUCUCGGACCCAAGAUUCAGCUCAUGCUGUCGCAGCUCGAGUUCAAGCUGAGCGUCGAAAAGCAAUACAAGGCCGGUAUUGAGAAGAUGGUUCGUCUAUAUCAGGACGAGGGUGACCGCAAGAGCCGUGCCGAUGCCGAGGGGCGUCGCAUCGAGAGCAACCAGAAGAUCCAGUUGUUAAAGCAGGCGUUGAAGCGAUACGAGGAUCUCCACGUUGACAUUGAGUCCACCGAUGGCCCUGAUGAUGACAGCUUGAGCGCUCCAAACAUGCGCAAGCCGCUGACCGGUCACCUGUCCAUGCGAGUCCACGCCGUGAAAGAAGUCGAUCACGCAGCCAGCUCCCGGUUCUCGCGGGGCCCGGAGACAUUUGUCAUCGUCAAGGUCGAAGAUGCCAUCAAGGCGCGCACCAAGGCGACUCGCACAGAUCGGUGGCAGGAUGAGUCUUUCAAUAUCGAUAUCGAUAAGGCGAACGAGAUCGAACUCACCGUCUAUGAUAAAUCGGGAGACCGCCCUACCCCCAUCGGCAUGCUGUGGAUCCGCAUCACCGACAUUGCCGAGGAGAUGCGCCGGAAGAAGCUAGAAACCGAUAUCAAUGCCUCCGGCUGGGUGUCGGCCGACAAGAUGAAUCACGGAAGCCUCGCAGGCGGCCAGACCAGUCCCGGUGCUUCCUCGACGGGUCCUUCUCAGCAUCCUGCGGGUGCUCGCCCAGGUGCCCCUGGCUCUACCCCUCAGGGUGCUGGUGCUCCGGGCGGUGCGGUCGUGAUUGAUUCGUGGUUUGCAUUGGAACCAGUGGGCAGGAUUCAGUUGAGCAUGAGCUUUGCCAAGCAACUUAAGGACCGUCGACCCUUCGAUAUCGGUCUGAACCGCCAGGGUGCUGUCCGUCAGAAGAAGGAAGAAGUACUGGAGAAGCAGGGCCACAAAUUCGUUGUCCAGCAAUUCUACAACAUCAUGCGCUGUGCCCUCUGUGGCGACUUUUUGAAAUAUGCGGCCGGCAUGCAGUGUGCCGACUGCAAGUACACCUGUCACCGCAAGUGCGCCCUGAAAGUGGUCACCAAGUGUAUCAGCAAGGCAAACUACGAGACCGACCCCGACGAGGAGAAGAUCAAUCACCGGAUCCCUCAUCGGUUCGAGGGCUUUUCCAAUAUCUCUGCCAACUGGUGUUGCCAUUGUGGUUAUCUCUUGCCCUUUGGCCGCAAGAACGCCAAACGAUGCACAGAAUGUGGCCUCACUUGCCAUGCGCACUGUACUCAUCUGGUACCGGACUUCUGUGGCAUGUCUAUGGAAGCCGCAAACAAGAUCCUCGAGACCAUCAAGACCCAUGGCAAAACCCCUUCCAUGAGCUCCGGUGGUAGUGGUUCUACAAUGAGACCCGGUCCACAGUCACCUCACGAUCAGAGCAUGUCCUUCCCACCGAAACCCAUCAAUACUUCUACUUGGCCAAACUCUCCUGGCGAUAUCGGCCAAAAGCCUCCGUACCCGCCUCAACCAACUUCUCCUCAACAACAACAUCAUCAGCCACCACCACAAAGACCCCAGUACCCAGAUCGGACGUCGUCACAUAACCCUCCAAAUACCGGUGAGAUGCGUUCUCCAAUCCAGCAAUCUCCAGUGGAUUCGCGUCCUCUUCCACCACAAGUACAGCAUCCGUCAAUCCCGCCUUACAACCCGGGAGACUAUAGGGAAGUCACAAAGAAGCCUGCAGUGGCGCCUCCCCCACCAACAAACGCUCCCGGUCCAUAUGGGGGAGUCCCGCAGUACGCAGCAGAGCCUGUGGCUCCUCCUCCUCCUCACAAUGUGGCAGUGUCACCCACCUCCCCCCCCGCGACCCUCAAGGAGGAGCCUCAGCAAGCGGCCAAGCCCCGAAUUGGACUGGAUCACUUCAAUUUCCUUGCUGUGCUCGGUAAGGGUAACUUCGGAAAGGUCAUGUUGGCAGAAACCAAGUCGACCAGGAAGCUCUAUGCCAUCAAGGUGUUGAAGAAAGAAUUUAUCAUUGAGAAUGACGAAGUCGAGAGUACAAAGUCCGAAAAGCGCGUCUUUCUCAUUGCCAACAAGGACCGACACCCUUUCCUCACCUACCUUCAUGCCUGUUUCCAGACUGAGACUCGUGUCUACUUCGUCAUGGAAUACAUCAGUGGUGGUGAUUUAAUGUGGCACAUCCAGCGCGGCCAGUUUGGCUUGAAGCGGGCACAGUUCUAUGCCGCAGAGGUCUGCCUGGCCCUCAAAUACUUCCACGAAAACGGAGUCAUCUACCGUGAUUUGAAGCUUGACAAUAUCCUGAUCACCUUGGAUGGUCAUAUCAAGAUCGGUGAUUACGGUCUCUGCAAGGAAAACAUGUGGUAUGGAUCCACGACCGGGACGUUCUGCGGUACUCCCGAAUUCAUGGCGCCCGAGAUUCUGUUGGAUAAGAAAUAUGGCCGCGCAGUGGAUUGGUGGGCAUUUGGCGUGCUCAUCUACCAAAUGCUGCUCCAGCAAUCGCCCUUCCGUGGUGAAGACGAGGAUGAAAUCUACGACGCCAUCCUGGCUGAUGAACCGCUGUAUCCGAUCCAUAUGCCCCGUGACUCGGUCUCGAUUCUUCAGAAGCUCUUGACUCGGGAGCCAGAGCAUCGACUGGGCUCCGGACCAACCGACGCCCAGGAAGUCAUGUCUCACGCUUUCUUCCGCAACAUCAACUGGGAUGACAUCUACCAUAAACGGGUGCCACCCCCUUUCAUGCCGACUAUCACCAAUCCCACCGAUACCAGCAACUUUGACCAAGAGUUUACAAGCGUGACGCCCGUCCUAACGCCCGUCCAGUCAGUGCUGUCUCAAGCCAUGCAGGAAGAAUUCCGUGGCUUCUCUUACACUGCAGACUUCGCUUAACGGAAUUUGUUUUUUUUUUUUUUUCUGACCUGCGUUUCUCAGGGUUGUUGUUCGCUUCUUUUUCUUUUCCCCUUCUCUUUUUCAGAGCAAAUGGCCGUAUAAUAAUAUCCUUGAUUGAUGCUGGUCACUUUCAGAACGCUUUUUUUUUUUCUCUCC